GUGCCGCAACAUCUUACGUCAGAAACAUGCAACCUAACCUGACUAAAGCUGCCAGAGUUGACACUCAAAAAAAUCUUUUUUUCACUUAAAUGUGUCUUUUACGAUGUUUAGAAGGCUUUAUCUAACUCAGUGUGUGGCAAAAAGGUUUAUUCAGAGACGUCCUGAAGUGGUGAAAGAGCGCCAAACACCGCACACCCUCCUUUGGAAAACUAUCGAGAAUACGAAAAUUGGUUCACCUCAGGAAUGGAAAGACCUGAGGAAUGAAAUUCUGAACUCUGUUAAAUCUAUAACUCCAGCAAACAUUGAUGCAGUUACCGUAAAUGUGUGUACAAUAAACAAAAAAUAUAACUUAGCUUUGAGUUACUUGGAGUUCCUUAGAUCGGAGAAUAUUGAAUUAAAUUUAGCAACGUUAGGGAAUUAUUUGAAACUGUUAUAUGCGAAAGGACUUGAGGAACAAUUGUCGCCUAAAGAUGAAGAGAAAAUUUUGUUAUUGUAUGAGAAGAUAAGGAAAGAGUAUCCUGUUUUAGACCAAAGUACUUUAAAUAGCAUCGUCCAAGCGUUAUCUUUAACUAGUCAGUGGAAGCAGUGCUUAGGUCUUUUAGAUGAAAUAAAAGUAACUGGUACCAUUAACGCUCACGCCUCUUGUGCCUUAAUCAGAGCUGCUUUUUUACACAACGAAGACGCCUUGGCGUGGAAAUUACUCAACGAGGUGAUAGAAAGCGAAAAAACGGUUCACUCAAUCGUCUAUUCAACUUACUUCAAAAGAAUCGGAAAAAAAUCAGAUAAAAUCGCCCAAAUCGAAAAAAUGUUCAAUUUUAUGCACGACAAAGGCCUAAAAAUCGAGUCAAACCAAAUCGAGGAAUUCGCCGAGGCCCUAAAGUCCCACAAAAUGCUCGUGCGUUCGUCUGCCAUAAAUUACAAAGGCGUGUGUAAAAGCUGCAACUCUAAACUCGCCCAGUUCCACUUGACCCAGUCCGAAUUCGACGAAAUCAAGCAAAAAAUCAUCGAUAACGUAAUCAUCGGCAAAGACGUCUAUGCCCGAACCACGGCACAAGAAUUAUCAAAAUUCAAAAACUUUGUCUCGAAAAUGCCGAAAUUUGACGUCGUAAUCGACGGCUUGAACGUCGCUUAUUCGGCAGGGUUGAAACAACCAGCACAAGUCACGUCCGGGCUGGUCCAGUCAGUAGUGGCCCAUUUUGUGGAUCAAGGCAAGGAGGUGCUCCUUCUGGGGCGCAGUCACAUGAACAGGUGGCCGCGCAACAACUGGGACUACGUCAAGGAAAACGCGACGAUUUUCCUCACGGAAAAUCUGUCUCAAGACGAUCCGUACCUCCUCUACUGUGCUUUACAUUCGGGCAAAGACACCAUAAUUGUGACCAAAGAUCUGAUGAGAGGCCACAAGUUCCUGCUAAAGGACGUCCGAUUGAAAAUUUUAUUCGACCGCUGGUUGAGUCAAAGGCAAUACCAGCUGGUUUUCGCCAAAGAGGGCGGGGAUUGUACUUUUAAGAAACCGCCAAACUAUACGCAUUUAGCCCAAAAGAACGGACCCUUCUGGCACAUUCCGUGCAAAUCGGAGAACAAAUUUGUGACGAAUAAAACGUACUGGUUGUGUGUGCAAAACAACAAUUCCGGUAAAUAAUAAAUUUAUUCAUAAUGGUAUUAAACUAACAAUCUUUACACCCAGUGCGUGCUAUAUUUGCAAAAUAAAAAAAUAAAUAUAGUUCACAACCAA